AUGAAUGAGACCAAGGGCAUCGCAGAUUCAAAGCAUGACCUCGAGGCGCUCAAUCGGUUUACCUCAGGUCGUUGGCUUUGGAACGAGCGACAGCAACUUGCCUGUCGCUCUGUCAAGUUCGAUCUCUCAACGCUUUUGCGACUAGCUGCCUCUGUGAUCGGAGCGAGAUCAUGCACCCAAGUGUUAAAGGUCUCAGAGGGCCAAUAUAACAAAGUAUUCCAGCUUACUAUGGAUGAUGGACGCGAGAUUAUUGCGAAACUUCCAAAUCCCAAUGCAGGCAGACCACACUUCACGACAGCUAGCGAGGUUGCAACUAUGGACUUUUUGAAAAAUGUUCUGAACCUCCCUGUUCCGAGAGUUUACGCCUGGAGUUCUCGGGCAUCAGAGAACCCUCUCGGAGCAGAGUAUAUCCUCAUGGAGAAGCAGGCUGGCGUGGUACUAACCGAUGUUUGGGACACCAUCAAAGGAAAACAGAAAGUCCAAAUUCUGGACCAGGUUGUUGAUAUUGAAAGGCGUCUGGCGGCUACAAAAUUUUCCAAGUUCGGAUCGUUAUACUAUAAAGAUGAUCUUCCUAAAAUUCGGAGCAAAAGGUUUGGCAUUGGACCGACUAACCACCGUUCUUUCUUUGACUUCGGGAGAGGCGACUUAGAUAUUGAACGAGGUCCAUGGCCAACAAUCACAGAAUAUAUGACUGCUAUUGCGCGGAGGGAAAUUGCAGCCGCAAAGUCAGGUCUCCGGUACCCCUUGAUGCCCGAAGGCCUGUUCUAUGGACCUCGACAAUACCAGCCUAGCCUCUCCAAAAAGCUCUCCUCGUUGGGAAACUAUCUUAAAAUGGCACCUCAUGUUCUCCCAGAGAACAAAGCCACUCAUGCCUCGGUCUUAUGGCAUGGCGAUCUCCAUUCGCAGAAUAUAUUUGUCGACCCGGAAGACCCAGCUCGUAUUGUGGGAAUCAUUGACUGGCAGUCCGUCAGUGCGUGUCCGCUUUUUAUGCAGGUUGGACGCCCAGCGUUUCUCGACUACAAUGGCCCGGUUCCUGAAGAGUUGGGGAAGGUCUCUUUACCACCCAAUUUUGACUCAAUGGAUCCAGAUGAACAGCGGAAGGCAAAGGCACUCCAUACAGCACAGACACUACAUAAUCUCUAUCUAGUUAGGUGUCUUCAGGUUAACAAAACGGUCUUCCAAGCGAUACAGGGCCAGAGUACCCUCCGACAUCAGGUUAGUGUGGUUCCGGGAUUAGUCUUGAUGGACUACGAGCCGCUCCUUAACAGCCUGUUGAGAGAUGUCGAGAAGCAAUGGGAAAAUGGCGGCUUUCCUGGAAUGCCCUUCCCAUUACAGUUCUCAGGCGAAGAAAUCCAGCAGCAGGAGCAGGAUAGUGAGCUAUGGGCCCAAGGCGUUGAGCUCAUGGAUGCAUUUGUUAGCGACACUGGCUGCUUUAAACAUUGGGAUGGUAGGGUUAGUGAUGUAGAUUAUGAAAAGUCUCGGAGAGAGCUCGAUGAAGGGGUGAAGCGGUUCUUGGAACGUGAAGCCAGAAAUGAUGAAGAAUAUCGGGAGUGGCUUAAAGCCCUACCGUUUGUCGAUUGA